AGGUUAUAAAGGAGAUGGUCAGUCAGUCGGCUCCAGGAAACAGGCAGCUGCUUCUGGUGUUCAUCUUAACUCGACUGCAUCGACAGAGCAACAAUGAGCUACCCAAGACUAGGCUUUUCCAACUACUCCCUUAAAGAUGCCUUCCCCAGCCGUGCCAAGGCAGCCUCCUCAAUCUACGGAUCGGUGGACCAAGGCCUCAACUUGAUGGGAGUGAAUGGACUCCCCAUUAGCGGCAACAGGAAGGAGACCAUGCAGGGCCUGAAUGAACGCCUCGCCAAAUAUCUGGAGAAGGUCCGCAACCUAGAGGAGUCCAAUGAAGAGCUGGAGCGUAGGAUCAAAGAGCUGAUGAAAGAAAAAUGCCCCAAGGUUCGAGAUUACACUCCGGAGUUGGACAAGAUCCACGCUCUGAAUGAUGAGGUGAGAAAGAAAAACCUGGAGAACGCCAGAAUUAUGAUCCAGAUCGACAAUGCAAAACUGGCCCUGGACGACUUCAAAAACAAGUACGACCAGGAAGCUGCCAUUUGCAAUACAGUCGAGAAGGACUGUCAGGCCCUGAAAAAGAUGAAAGCAGACAAUGACAGCACCAUUACCAGACUGAACACCGAGCUGGAUGGUUUGAAAGAGGAGCUCAGCUUUAUGCAGAAAAACCAUAAAGAUGAAAUGAGUGCCCUCAAGCCUAAUCUGCCUAAGGAUCUGGUGACUGUUGAGGUGGAUCAUCCCGAGGGUCCCGAUCUCAAUGCCGUCUUAAAUGAGUUACGAGAGCAGUAUGAAGCCAUAGUGAAGAAGAACAAGGAUGACGCUGAAUCCUGGUACCAGUCCAAGACACAAGUCAUUCAAAAGGAAGUGGACCAGAACACAGAAGCUGUUCAGAAUGCCAAGAAUGAGUUGAGUGACAAGCGACGCACCCUGCAGUCUCUGGAACUGGAGCUUGAGACUCUGCGUAAGCAGAUCAAUAUGCUGGAUAACACCUUGGGAGAGACCAACCAGCGGUAUGGCGAAAUCCUGGACAAGCUGCAGAACACACUGAAACAGCUGGAAAUGGAGCUGGGCACCCUCCGCAAUGACAUGCAGAACAACAAGCUGGACUACGAGAAGCUGCUGCAGAUUAAGCAGAACCUGGAGGCUGAGAUUGCUACCUAUAGGCGCCUGCUGGAAGGAGAAGAGAUAGAAAAGACUACCCUACCUGGUCCUACUCAGCAAAGUAAACCAGGGGAGCCAGAUGUCAUAACCAGGAAGAUUGUAAAAGUCGUCACACAGACGAUGGUCAAUGGCAAAAUUGUGAAUGAAACCAGUGAAGUGGAAGAGGUUGAAGAGAAAAAGAAAUGAUUCUGCUCAAUGAAUUCUGCUGGAGUCAACCUGAAAUCCUUUGGGUGUCUGACGGCUCAUGGCGCCAUGUCCUCCAUGAUAAAACAGAAACACUGUCUGUCUUUCAUUGCCAUAUGUGUUACAAUUCUUACCUUUUUUCAGAUAAUUAAAGAUAAAAUGCAUGAUAAUUGUGAUCCUCUUCAUUUAUUCCUAUAUGAAAAGAGAGAUGAAGCCCA